GGUUUCGUCAUUCUUUAUCGAGCAAAAUGACCAUGGAUUGCCUGGACACAGCAGAGACCUUUGCUUCGGCUUUGGAGCUUCUUCUGAAAGCAGCUUCGAUGAUACCCAUUUCCAAUUAUGUCUAUGGGUUCAUUUUUUUGGUUCUUAUUUUCCUCUAUGAGUAUUUAGAGUUUCAUCUAAUUGCUGAUCUUCUGAAAGGAUUGAGAGGAGAUCCUGUGUCUUUGAUAUUCAAUUCUAGCUCGGAGAUAUAUGAGGGUGUAGCUUCCAAGUGUAAAAUUCUUCAUGGAAGGUAUUUAGCUACUCCAUGGCUUUCAAGUCCUCACUUGCAGACUCUGUUUCUGCAUGUCUAUGGCUGUAGGCCCCCUUUUUUCAGCUACAGAAGGCAGAUGUUCCGCGCAGCUGAUGGUGAAACUAUUGCUUUGGAUUGGCUACUGAACUGUAAUGUUUCAAAAGAGAAUUUCCGUGAGAAUAAUCCCAUCUCUAAAGAUGAUUCAACCCCGAUUGUGGUAGUAAUUCCCGGCAUAUCAAGUGAUUCUUCAUGUGCUUAUAUAAGGCAUCUGGCCUUCAAGAUGGCAAAACGUGGCUGGAAUGUUGUUGUUAGUAACCAUCGUGGACUGGGUGGAAUUUCACUUGCUUCUGAUUGCAUCUAUAAUGCGGGGUGGACAGAGGAUAUACGCAGUGUUGUUGACUAUCUUCAUCGAGAAUAUCCACAAGCCCCUGUAUUUGUUGUUGGAACAAGUCUUGGGGCCAAUAUUUUGGUAAAGUAUCUUGGAGAAGAUGGGGAUAAUACUUCCAUUGCUGGGGCUGUGGCCAUUUGCUCUCCUUGGGACCUCUUGGUUUGUAACAGGUUCAUUUACCGCAGGCUUGUGCAAAGAUUCUAUGACAGAGCUCUUACCGUUGGACUGCAACGUUAUGCCAAAUUACAUCAGCAUGUCUAUUCUCGGCUAGGCAACUGGGAGGGCAUAAAAAAGGCACGUUCUGUUCGAGAGUUUGACAACCAUGGUACAUGUCUGGUUGCAAAAUAUGAGACGGCGGAUACAUAUUAUAGGCGUUGUAGCAGUGCUAGUUAUGUGGGGAAUGUCUCAGUGCCACUCCUCUGCAUCAGUGCAUUGGAUGAUCCUCUUUGUACAAGGGAAGCUAUUCCAUGGGAUGAAUGCAGGGCAAAUAAAAAUAUUGUCCUUGCUACCACAGAACAUGGAGGACACCUUGCUUUUUCCGAGGGUCUAACUGGAGAUACUCUUUGGUGGGUAAGGGCUGCUGAUGAAUUCCUUGGUGUCCUACAUGAUAGCCCAUUUAUGCAUAAACAAAACAAGACACACUGUUCUUCUUUGCACCCUGCCUUAGAAUCUUCAAUUGAUCAAGGCCCAUACCCGAACGUUAUCGAAGAUGGUAUGGUGGCUGCAAUGGGUAAUGAGCAAAAAACUAUAAUAGCAGAAGACUUAUCUGAUAAGCAGCAGAUGAUUCAUGAAAAGAAGAACGAAGACAUGGUACUUGUACCUGAUGUAGAGCAGUGUGAACAUGAAACAGGGUCCAAGACAGAUUCCAUGUAUGAUACUACUACCCAACCCUCUAGACAAGAUAGAGAGAACAGCCUUGAUAUCAAGUAUCCUCAUGACAUAACUGUUCCUAUGAGGCAAUGCUUAAAUCAACUUUCACGACGUAAUAGAUCAAUGUGGGCGCUUGCAUACAUUGUGGGUUCAGCUCUUCUCAUUGUCUUCAAGAGGAAGCUAAAAUGUAUCUUUCCAGCAGCAUGACUUAAAAGAUAGAAACUGCUGUUGGUAAUGUUCAGUGAUCUAUAAGUUUUGAUAAUUUUUUGUCCAUGUAGAUUAUUGUGGACUUCUCAAAAUGAUAUUACAAACAAUAAAAGCCUUCAUCUCUUGUGUAGCAUACUUCUCCUAAUUCUUUGUAACUGACAAAUAGGAACCAUCAAACAUAUGAAAUAAGAAAAAUUCUAUUGUAAGAUUCACAAAUGGUGAGGUUUGUGGUGUUGAUUAAA